ACUUUUUAAUGUUUAAGUGAAAGAAAACUUUCUGUUUCUUAGAACACCUUAUUCACCUUCCUUUGGCUCCCUUUACUUGUUUUUUUUUUAAGUUCUUUCUCCCUCCUUAUUUCCCCUUCUUCUUUAUGUUGAGUGAAUAGCAUCUGGUUUAUGGAACUUUCUUUUACUCUCAUACUUGAAGCUUUAUUGGAUUUUUUCCUUCUCUUUUUCACCUAAGGUAAGAAAAGAGAAAACCUCAAUUGUUGUUCCUGGGUUUGGUGUCCCCAGUCAUUUAGUAGCUGGUCGCCUGUGAAGCACAAGAUGAAAAGGAACAAAAGAAGUGUAGCUUCUCUGCUGAAUGAUGACAACAUUGCGGAGUGAAGAAGAAUAUGAGAAAGGUUCAAAAAAAACCUUUGCCCCACCUGCACAAAAAUUGCAUAGCCUGAUGCCAUAUUGCCCUAAUUCACCCAAAGAGGAGACCCUGGGAAUCAGUUCCCUGGAGAUAGAGGCCAGGCCAAACCUGCUAAAGGCCAAGGUAGAGAAGAAGGAGGAGAAAGCAACUACAGAGAAUGGUCCAAGCAUUGUCCAGGAGAAAAAAGUAAAGGCUCAAGACAAGAAGCAAGCAAAGAAGAAAGAAAAGGAAAAAUCAGGUCUUACCAAUGAAGAAUUUGAGGAGAUUGUCCAGAUUGUGCUACAGAAGUCCCUUCAACAGUGCUUGGGUAUGGCUGAUGAUACUUCCUGUGCCCAACCCAUAAGAUGUACCCAGUUAGACAAGGAACCAAGAAUUACUUCUUCUACUACUAAUAAUGAUAAUGCUGAUAGAGAGAGGGUAAUGGUACCUCAUAUUCUAGAGAUUUCAGCCUCUGAGGAAGCUGAGAUAAAGACAUCUAAGCCAGGCCAGCCAGAUCCUGCACCCUCUGAAAAGAAAUUCAGCAAACUCUCCUUAAAGAAAAGAAAGAAGGAAGCUGAAGAUGAGAAUGCCCAAAGUGGACAUGAGCAUAGACAGAAAGACCAACUGAAGAAAACAGUUCAGGAUCAUUCUCAGAUCAGGGACCAACAAAAAGGAGAGGAAAAUGGUUUUGGUCAAUGUCUAGUCUGGGUCCAGUGUUCCUUCCCAAACUGUGAGAAAUGGAGGCGGCUUCGUGGGAAUAUUGACCCCUCAGUCCUUCCAGAUAAUUGGUCCUGUGACCAGAAUACAGACUUGGAGUACAAUCGCUGUGAUAUCCCUGAGGAAACCUGGAUAGGGCAUGAGAGUGAUGUGGCCUAUGCCUCCUACAUCCCAGGAUCCAUCAUCUGGGCCAAGCAAUAUGGUUACCCCUGGUGGCCAGGCAUGGUAGAAUCUGAUCCUGACCUUGGGGAGUAUUUUCUUUUUGCUUCUCAUCUUGAUUCCCUUCCGUCUAAGUAUCAUGUGACAUUUUUUGGAGAAACAGUUUCUCGUGCUUGGAUUCCAGUCAACAUGCUAAAGAACUUCCAGGAACUGUCUCUGGAGCUAUCUGGAGUGAAAAAAUGCAGGAACAAGGACUGCAGCCAGAAACUGGGGGCAGCCAUGAUAAUGGCUCAAGAGGCAGAACAGAUCAGUAUUCAGGAGCGGGUUAAAUUGUUUGGUUUCAGGAGCAGAUUCAAUGGAUCGGACAGUAAUGGGGAAGGAAAAGACUUAAUGCUCUCUGGGGCUAAGAGCUCAGAUUCCUUCUUGGAGAAAGAAGAGGAAGAGUUAGACUUGGAAGAGGAGGAGGGGGAGAAAAAAGACCCAACUUCGCCCAGUCCCAAGCCAGCCAAAAGUCAGACAAAAAACCCCAAGGCAAGAGGCAUAGCAAAUGGACGAGAUGGGACUCAGCAAAGGAAGUCGAUGAAGAGAUCUCUGGGAAAUGAACCUGCACCUGUACCCAUAAGGGGAAGGAAAGAAGUGCGUGGGAAUUCAGAUCCUGACCAGCCAGGCUCUAAGAAAGCAUUUAAAGCUCCCCAAAGCAAGGUUUCAGUAACCAGCUUGUCUGAAGAAAAUGGGGUUAGAAUGGUGUCAAAGGGACUAAUCCUACCAACUCCUCAUGGGGCAUGUCCUGCCCUGGGGAAAGAAGAGCCUGGAUCUCAGGAGCUGCAGGAGGCUGGGAGCUUCCCUCCUGAUGAUGAAUCCUCCAGUGACUUGGACCUUGAGCAGCUCAUGGAGGAUGUUGGAGAAAAGCCAGAGCAGAGGGUAGAGCUGCAGUAUAGAGAUGACAUGGAGGAGUUCACCUUCUUUGAGGAGUAGUUC